AUGGGUGAGUUUUGAAAAAAAAAUUUUUAUGGAUUUUUCGGUGCCUUUCCCUCCCCUGUUCUUGCGACUCUCAAGCCAUAAACUUGUCCCAAUUUGACUCCACCAAUAAAACCAUAGCCCUUCAAAUCGUGUUUGUUUUUGACAAAACAUCUACCAGAACAUGUCUGAUGUUCUGAUCAAUGUUCCCUUCAAUUGAGUCAAAAAUACCGCUUUUUUGCGUCAUAACAAAUCGUAGGCCAACAAUUUGGGGUGCAAAAAAUUCUCACUACUCCGUGUCCAUAUGAGUACACAAAGCGGUUAUCUGGAGCAUGGACAAACACAGAGAUUGGCCUACAAAAUGUGAUAAUUCCAAAGGCCCUAUCCGGAGGUGCUGUUUGAAAGAGCGACUGGGCGAUUUACACGAAAAAAUCGCAAGGUGUGACGCAAAAAUUUCGGCGAAAUCUUUUUUCAUACAGCUGGAACGCGUUUUGUAAAAUUCAAAUUUUGGCGUAUGCUUUGCAAAAGCCAUCAUAAUUUUUCGCAUAAAUAUCGGUCUGUCUGGAAAAUAAUGCGAUUUUGUCUGGCCCAUCAUCGCUUUGCGACGGCCAGGCUGGGGAUUUAGUGCGCGAUGAGAGACAUUCUCCACACUAUUUUACCAACAGGCGGGUAUCAAGGUGGUCAUAUAAGCAUUAAAAAAGCUUUUUCUCGAAUCGCGAUUAUCAUUGCACAAAAAAAGAGUGAAUCGAAAAAUUGGCGUCGACUUUAUUUUUUUCGGCCCCGAAUUCUGAAUUCCGGUGCAUUUUUCUGUUUUUCGAAAUCAGUGCACAAAGUCUUAAGUCAGCGCCGAAGGCCUGAGUAGGCAUGGCUGCAAACCGGGCCAGCCCGACCCGGGCCCGGGCUUGGAAAAUUUGGAAAGCCCGGCCCGGUUCGGCCCGGAAAAUUUUUACACUAGGUUGGAAAGAAAGAUAGCGGGAAAUGAAAGGAAAAUUAUGGCAAAUUUUCGCGAAAUGUAAAGAAAAAUUUACCAAAACCUAGGUACAUAAAGUCACUUUACGCUCGCUAUCAACAGUGUGUUCGAAAAAAUGAAAAAUUCUAUCGAAAAAGCAUAUUUUUUCCUUUUUUCCGGGCAAAACUUAGAUUUCAAAAAAACCGGGCCGGCCCGGGCCGGGCCGGGCCUAAAAAUCGAAGCCCGGGGUCGGGCCGAGAAAUUAGUCGGCCCGGCCCGGGCCGGAAAUUUUUGCAAAGCCCGGCCCGGAGCCAUGCCUAGGCCUGAGUGCUUAAGUCAGCGCCGCAUUUCGGAAUUCGGUGCUGAAAAAAUCAAUUCGACGCUAAUUUUUCGAUUUGGGCGUCGACUUUUUUUGUGCACCGAAAAUCGCGAUUUGGGAAAGAAAUUUUUAAUAUUAAAACGCACUUCGCGAGUUGCUGAAGCAGGCUCAAAUGACCGAGAUAUGACGUAUUUAUUGAAUUUCGCAUAAUGUGAUAUAUUGUACUGAUUUAUUGCCAAAAUAUCUCAGAACUGAGUAUAUAUACGUUAUUGGCCAUGCUGAACAACUUUGUAAUUGACCCGAAGUUUGUCAGGUCACUGUAACAUACCGUAACGCCAAUGCUCAAUCAAAAAAUCUCGAUUUUCUCGAUUUUUUUCAAUAAUUUUCUCGGAAUUUUUUUUCAUUUUUGGAAUCAGCAUCAAAUUCUGCAUCGGAUAGGCUAUAUGCGCAUCUCCAGAUAGGUGUACAAAAAUGUCGUGGCGCAACCGGUAGUGGGUCGGACUACCAUUCAAAAGGUCCCGGGUUCGAGUCCGGGUGGAAGCAAAAAUGCUCAAACGCGCUGGAAAUUGUCCCAAAACAGUUGUAAUGUAUUGGAACUGUGUUAAAAAUAAAUAAUAAUUAACAUUUUCCCCUAAAAAGGCUAAAUUUUGGAUUUUACGAAAUUUUUGAAAAUCAUGAUUUUUGUGGGCCCAAAUCUGCCGAAGAAAUGAAAAUUUUUUGUUAGCGAUUUUUUUGUUUAGAAACAACACAGGCCAUAUAGAAAGACUAUUCCUCAGAAGAUUUCGCUCAAUUUUGCCCAAAACACCAAAAAGUUGCACUUUUUUGUUUUAAUCGGAGAGCCCCGCCAGAACCCAGUAAACCGAAGUAACGUCAUUCAAACGUGGAUACAAAUGUUUUGUACUAUGAGGAGUCGAAAUUUUAGCAAAUUUUACAAGAUUAAAUACUGUAACAUCAUGAAAUAUGUGAAUAUCUACAAAUUUUUGAAUGUAAAACUUUUUUGUGGAAGAUUUUCGCGGCUGUUAGAAAGCUAUUUGAAGGCAGCGCAAAAAACUGCUCUAGAAAAACUGGAAACGUUUUCGCGUAAGAACACCUGAAAAUCAUUAUCUCAAUUUUUUGUCAAAUGGCAAAAUGCGAAAACUUUUUGGUGUUUUGGGCAAAAUAGAGCGAAAUCCUCUGAGGAAUAGUCUUUCUGUGUGCCCUGCGUUGUUUCUAAACAAAAAAAUCGCUAACAAAAAAUUUUCAUUUCUUCGGCAGAUUUGGGCCCACAAAAAUCAUGAUUUUCAAAAAUUUCGUAAAAUCCAAAACUUAGCCUUUUUAGGGGAAAAUGUUAAUUAUUAUUUAUUUUUAACACAGUUCCAAUACAUUACAACUGUUUUGGGACAAUUUCCAGCGCGUUUGAGCAUUUUUUCUUCCACCCGGACUCGAACCCGGGACCUUUUGAAUGGUAGUCCGACCCACUACCGGUUGCGCCACGACAUUUUUGUACACCUAUCUGGAGAUGCGCAUAUAGCCUAUCCGAUGCAGAAUUUGAUGCUGAUUCCAAAAAUGAAAAAAAAUUCCGAGAAAAUUAUUGAAAAAAAUCGAGAAAAUCGAGAUUUUUUGAUUGAGCAUUGGCGUUACGGUAUGUUACAGUAACCUGACAAACUUCGGGUCAAUUACAAAGUUGUUCAGCAUGGCCAAUAACGUAUACUAGUCGCGACAUAAAGUCCGUAGAAUUUUUCGCGGCCCCCAAAUUCCGUCGCGCUCCGAAAUGUUGAUUUGUCGCUGCGAAAAACGGGAAUCGCGCGCGACAAGAAGGCAAAAUCAACAAAAUUGCACAGUGCAAAAUGUGUUUUCGGGUGAAUGCACAGUGCAAAAUGCUUUUUCGGGUUUAUGCACAGUGCAGAAAAUUCUACGGACUUUAUGUCGCGACUAGUAUAUACUCAGUUCUGAGAUAUUUCGGCAAUAAAUCAGUACAAUAUAUCACAUUAUGCGAAAUUCAAUAAAUACGUCAUAUCUCGGUCAUGAUGACGAAUUUUUCGAAAAAAAUUCACCAAGUUCUUUAGCAUCCUACAUGUCAUCAGUUAAGACAAAAAAAAGUGGGGGUCAAUUUCUAGGGCAGACCCCCCUUCCACAGCUCGCGAAGUGCGUUUUAAUAUCAACACAUUUCUAUGAAACUAUCUUCUGAAACGUUACGCUACACCUUUUAUCAAACGUCAACAAAAACUUUGACCAGCAAAAAUUUUAUUUCCUUGUGAGUCAUCAUACAGUUUCUUGAUUUCAAAUUUUCCGACAUUUCCGCACAAAGCACGUAGAAGACCUUACAAGGGAAGUCACUUAAAUCACGGAUCGAUUUUGUAAAACGACUGUUACAGCGAUAGGGAGGGUAGGAAGGAGAUAUCAAAUCUGAAAACCGCUACCUCCACCGGCCUCUGGGAGCCGAGAUAAUCGACCAAAAAGUUUGCCCAAAUUCCUCCGAACAUUUAUUCCUUCCGAAAGAAGAAAAGGCAGCGAACCGAAUGGUCCGGUGGUCUGGAAGCGCGCUUCCGGGCCUUCACCUUUUCAGGUUCGAAUCCGCACGGGUCUCGAACUUGCGAAAAAUUUAUGUUGCUGUGAUCCAGUAAAUUUACUAGCAAUUUAUUUUAUAUUUUAUGCUUAUUUUACGGUAAAUUUUCAACCUUGAAAAUCCAAAUCGUUUGGAACUCGCAUUCACAUUAUUACCCUGAAUUUAACCGUAAAAUACGCAAAAAAUCAAAAAUUUUACCUUACCGGUAAAUUUACUGGAUUACAUGAAAAGUUUAAUAAAUUAUUUGACCCAUGCGGAUUCGAACCUGAAAAGGUCAAGGCCCGGAAGCGCGCUUCCAGACCACCGGACUAUUCGGUUCUCUCCCCUACUUCUUUCGGAAGAGAGGACUAUUCGGAGCAACUUUUUUAGGUCAAACCUUUUUGGUCGAUUAUCUCGGCUCCCAGAGGCCGGUGGAGGUAGCGGUUUUCAGAUUUAAUAUCUCCGUCCUACCCUCCCCAUCGCUGUAACAGUCGUUUUUAAAAAUCGAUCCGUGACUUAAGUGACUUCCCUUGUUAGACCGUGAGCUGAUUUUAGAUCCUAGACUACAACAACAAGAGCGUGGCAGGCUGGACAAAUAUAGCAGCUUUCUAUAUUAGCCAAAGCUCUAAAAUUUGCAAUUUUUUUGCCAUUGAGCAGUUGUAUUCUCACAGGGGAGGUACAUCAAGUGCGACGCUCAGAUUUUUUAAAAUUUUUACAUACACGCCGGGCAUAGACUAGAUACCAAUUCCUGAAAGUUUUAGCUCGCGCUUUGCAGGCGCAGCCGAAAUAUUGAACGAUCUUUGCUGCUGAGAGAGUACGUUAAACGCGGAGAGUGGGCAGAGAGAAAAACGCUUUUUGGCUAUAACUUUGGCAGUUUCGUGCGGAAAAAAUUGAUUUUUUGUAGAAACAUUACCCUUUACGGUAGAAAUAGGUAUGAAACUUUUCGUGCCAAAAUUCGGCAAAAAGUCUCAUAUUUUCGCUAACUUUCGAUCUAAAAAUCUCGGUUGUUUCUGCAAAGCGCGAGCUGGGAUUCUCGCAUACAUUUUCGAAAAAAUUAUUCUAAAUCUGUGCCAAGUUUCGUCAAAAUCUGAACUUUCAAGAAUGUAAUCCUAAUCGUGUGUUGAUUGCAGAUUUUAUUGAACUGAUGCGCAAACACGCCUCCAACCAUAUUUAUUCUCCAAUUGCGCACCAAACGAGGAUGGGUCUGCGAAAGAUUUCGAUUUUCAAUAUCAUUUUGUUCCUCUGUCUACUUAUUCUCCUGUUUUACUAUGUGAAAUACGAUUGUUUGACGCUGAAUGAGACGAAUUUUGUUGGGAUCAAAAAGUUUUUGACGGGAAAUGGAAAUGAAAAAAGCAGUAAAGGUAAGGAAAAAAGUUGGAGGAGUAAUUUACCGCGGAGGUGCUCGGACGUUGACCCUGAUAUUUUAAUGAAACUAAGGAUGAAAUUUAGCCAUUUUUUGCAAGUCAUAUCAGGAAUUUUCUAACUUGCGUUCAGAGAUUGCCACGGUCAAAAUUUUGGCUCCGGCUCCGGCUCUUUGCUCCCAGAGCUAGAGCCGAGGCCAAAUUUGCAGCUCCGGCUCCCGGCUCCCAUACAAAAAUUUAAAAAAAAAAUAUUUCUCCAAAAAUAAAAGCUAUUACUGUAUAUUAGUUCCCGAGAUCAUACACCCAACGUUUUUGAAGCCAAGUCGUACGCAACACAUCCUUCACAGUAUUUUUCAAGCAAUUUGGUUUAACAAGAUCACAAAAUUUUUUCUUUUCUGAACGUUGAGAAGCCUGGCUGCGACUUUGGGCUCGGGAGCCGGAGCCGCUCAGAGCCGGAGCCAAGAGCCGGCUCAAGAGCCGGCUCCUGCGCAGAGAUGGCAAUCUCCGCGCAGGGAUGCCGCCAAAAAAAUUUGUUCGCCGAGUCAUAAUUUUCAAGAAAUCGAACGCAAGCAUGUAUUCGAAACUUGAAUUUAUUUCUCGCUCUUCGAGCAUUUUCCUUGUCAGAUCAAUCAAUUUUGUUCUUAAUUUCCAUAUUUAUCAAUUUCAGGCCUAAACAAGGGUUGUCGUCUGCCAAAAGUGGAUCCCUGGAACGCGGAAGUCCUUCAGUUCUUCGACCCCAAAUCGGAUAUCUCCGCUUCGGAAAGCUGUAAGGUGAAAUACGACGAAAGAAGUAAAUUGAUCAAUGGAACUUUGGUGAUGCUUAGUCAGGACGGAGAGGAAUGUAAAUACAGGUGACUCCAAACUAAUGAUUAUAUUGCUGUUUUAGAUGUUCCAUUCCAGUUUCAGACCGAAAGGUCAAUUUUACUGAAUGGACGAAGAUCAGUGGGAUUGGCGAGGAUCACACGGACUGUGAGGUCGCUGAAGUCAAAUGCGAAAUUGCUGGGAAUAUUAGUUAUCACUUUUCACACACGCAAAUUGUUGAAAAGCAAGUUUUUGACAGACAAUAUUAUACAUCUAGUACUUGAGGCUCGACGCUUCAAUUUUUUUUCAAAUUUUGGAUGCUUACUGUAAACGGGUUCAGUAGGGCAAUAAUCAAAAAAAAUUAGUCAUUCACAUUGUCAAUACACGCGAUAAGGGACACCUAUGGUUACUGUUUCACGGCUCUGCUGCAACAUCAUGUUUCAUGUGCACAGCUAGCCCGACACUUAUAAAAAACUAUUUUAGACGUCCCUAAAGAUAUUGGGGCUACGACUUUUUGGUUUAGUGACAAUUCGGGUUAACGAUGCCUUCGUCAUUGUAUGCAUGGGGGAAGCUGGGUUAAGGCAGAGUUAGUAGAAAUAAUAACACCGAUCGGGUCCUACGAACGCGUACGUCUAUGUAAAAUACACUCAAAAUAGAUGUAUUUUGAGUUAUUUUACAUACUCACAUCAUUAAUAUCUACGAUCUUCAUUUUUUGCCGCAAAUUUUGGUCUUUUAUUUAUAUGUUAAAGUAACUCAUCGUCAAGAAAACGUACGUUAGUAAUAGCUAAAAUUAGGAAAAUUUUACGCUUCUAUUAUUCAGCCCAUCGUAAAUUUCAGACCUUCCAAGGGAAUAAAAUUCGAUGCAAAAUCAAGAGACGUCUACGUACUUGUCCUCGAUUCCAUCAGCUCAAACCAAUUUAUGCGAACAUUGUCAGGGAGCAAGAAGUACCUUGAAGAAGAGUUUGGAUCAAUCCACUUCCCAUACUUGAACCGAGUCGCCGAAGGCUCGAAACAAAAUGCUUACGCAUUCCUGUUGGACCAGCGACCCUUGGACAUGCCGGAAACUCCGUGGAGCCCAUUCAAAGGCGGCGGAAGAGACGCGGAGCUUUGCAAUCUGCGCAUCACACGGGACAACUUCAGCUAUGUGGGCUGGGACUUUGAGGAUAGAGGAUACAGGACGAUGAUUGAUCUGGACUCACGAUAUGGCUUGUUUGAUUACGGGAGUUGCUAUGGAUUCGAUCACAUGCCAGCUGACCAUUAUAUGAAGUAAGCGUUAUGGGUAAGCGUUAUGCAGGAAGCAGAGUCGCUGUAGGCAAACAAAAUGCAAUUUUUUGCAGUAUUUAGAAAUUUCACUUCGUAAGGAUUCUCUUUAUUUCAGCGGUUUUUACAACCUCUUUUACCAUUACCCAUGGGAAGAUUUGUUUGCAAAUGUGUAUGAGAAAGUCUGCAAAGAGCCGCAUCACUAUCUGUUCGAGAAUAUGCGGCAAUUUUCGGACGCUUACAAAGGCCAACCCAAGUUUUCAAUCACCUGGUUUGUCAGCCUGGCUCAUGACUCGCUCAACGGCGUGUUUCAUGCCGACAAACACUUCAAGCUGUUCUUUAUGAGCAUGCGAGAAAAGGUAGGUCUAAAAAUGAUGAUUGAAACUUGACCGGCCUUGCCGGCGCCACGAAUUUUCGGGUUAGCGAUUUAGUUAGUAAAAAUAAUAAGAUUGAACGAGUCCUAGGAUAACUUGAAAUCUAUUCUGACGUAUUUUACAUGUAUAAUUCUGGAUUAAAGUUACGGAUCUUUGUUUUUUGCCGCAAAUUUUAAUCUUUUACAUGUUACAUUAACUCAGGUUAAAGAAAACUAACGUUAGUAAUAGCUAAAAUUAGAAAAAAUGCACAUAUAUGCUAAAAAUCUUCGCCAAAUUUCCGCCGAGCCUUCGCCGAGCGUCCGCCGACCAUCCAACGGCUUUACCAGGCCUCGAAGGCACUUCCUGCAGCCUUCUUUGUUGGGAAACCAUGAAACACUUGACAUUACGUUCUCAUCAGCGCAAAUUCAAUUUUCAGUUCAACGACUCAUACGUAAUUGUAAUGGGCGAUCAUGGCCUGCGAUUUGGCGGGAUUUUGGGGACAAAUACGGGAAAAAUCGACUCAAGUAAUCCGACUUUUAUGAUCUCACUGCCUCAAGAUAUGAGGAAGAACGAAGACUUGGUAAAUCAGCUCAAACAAAAUACAAAGCAUCUGCUCUCUCAGCAUGAUGUUUACGCAACUCUUGCGGAAAUUGCGCAGGUAUGUUGAGCGUUUCUUUGUCCGUUUCUAAGGGUUGGGAGAUCCAUGAUGAGUCAACUCCAGAAUAAUCACAAAUGGACGGCUUCAACGCCAUUUUCAACGACUAAAUUCGAACCCACCGACCGCGAACUGAAAGGAUCUUCAAUAUUACAUCCACUGCCCACUCCCAGAGACUGUAGCACCCUUUACAUUCCGUUCAAUCACUGUAUAUGUCAGCAUAAAGAAGUCGCGGUCCAAAAUCAAUCAUUGGCCAUAGAGGCCGGCCAAAAAGUGGUGGAGAUUAUGAAUAACAAUAUUACAAACUCAAAUUACUCGAGCAAUUGCUCCGUGCUGACGUUGGGCAAGGAGUUGUUGUUGGAACUGAGUGAAUUUGAUCCGGAUGAAGAGGGAGAAAAAGUUUACUUGAUCAAAUUUGCAGUUGUUCCGAGUGGAGGAAAGUAUCAGGCUUACUUUGGGGUAAGUAAGGCAGGGUGUCUAUUUUUUGGGCCAUAGAUACCUAGCUGCCAGUAACUUUUUAUUAUCUCGGUCCCACAAGAUAAUAAAAAACUGCCGUUUCAAAAGUAUGACGCAUUACACGUGCAGAGUAAAAUUUCCCGCAAAUAACGAUUUUCCAGGGACCAAGUUGGUCAUCUUUGAAGCUUCAUAAAACCGCUGCGUCUAGCCUCAACACACGAAACGUAUAUCAAUAGAUAGCGUUUUCAAAGUUCUUUCAGCGGAUCUCAACAGAAAUUUUAAAACCUUACUGCAACCUGCAAAAAAUGCAAAACAGAAAAACGGCAGAGUCAUACUUCUAGACCUAAUAAAUACAGUGGCGGACCUGAUCCAUUGGCCAAAAACGUGCCAUUUUGCAUCCGGGAAGUAUCAAAAAUGUGGCAAAAUGCUUCCGUCUCCAAGUGAAAAAACUCAGAUUUCCACUGUAUAGCCGCUUUUUCAGAUUGAAAACAACAAAAUCAAGUUGUACAACAACUUCUUCCCCCGUAUGGACAGCUACGACAAACAAGCCAAAUGCAUUCCGCCAGGGCCUCUGAAAGAGUACUGCUUCUGCCAUGAGUUGUUCACCGUCAACGGGACGCUCAUUAAAUUUUAG